UGAGUCCAUAAAAUAAAAAUCACACACACACACACACAGAGUGAAUUGAAUCUCUCGCUAUCUCCUCCUACAAUACACGGGAGAUGUUCUUCCCUCCACCCUAUUGACACCUACCCUCUAAUUCGAUCCCUUCGCUCCUUUAAAGAGGAGAGAGCUGAAGCGAGUUUUUGUCAAAAUUAUUAAGCAAAACUCUAACAGAGCCGGACGGAUAAGCAAACAAAACAGAGGAUCAUCUUCUGGCCAUGCGACUCUGCCUGUCUGCAAACUCCCUCUCGAGAGAGGAUUCUUUGUUUUCUUUUUGUUUCUCAAGUCUCUGCUUUUUUCUUCUUUUUAUAAGAAAUGUCCACCACCGAUUCUCAUGCUCAUGCCCCUACUAAUCCCAAGCAAUGUCUUCUCUGCAACGCCGGCGCUGGUGCUGCUGCAGGAGUUAUUGCUGCUACAUUUGUGUGUCCUUUAGAUGUUAUCAAGACCAGGUUCCAGGUCCAUGGUCUGCCUAAGUACGAUGUUGCUACUAGUAGUAUUAAAGGGAGUCUUAUAGUUGGUAGUUUGGAACAAAUAUUUCGGAGGGAGGGGCUGCGCGGCAUGUACCGGGGGCUUUCUCCAACUGUGCUAGCAUUGCUUCCUAAUUGGGCUGUUUAUUUUACAAUAUAUGAACAGUUCAAAAGCUUUCUUUGCUCCAAUGAUGAAAGUCAUCAUCUUUCAAUAGGUGCUAACAUGAUCGCUGCUUCUGGUGCUGGAGCAGCAACAACUAUUUUCACAAAUCCUCUUUGGGUUGUAAAGACAAGACUUCAAACUCAAGGAAUGAGAGCAGGUAUCGUUCCAUAUAGGAGUACACUGUCUGCUUUGAGAAGAAUAGCUCAUGAGGAAGGCAUGCGUGGGUUGUACAGUGGUCUUAUCCCUGCAUUGGCUGGUGUUAGUCAUGUUGCCAUUCAAUUUCCAACAUAUGAGAAGAUCAAAAUGUACUUGGCCGCCCGAGGUAAUACCACAAUGGAUAAACUAGGUGCACGUGAUGUUGCUAUUGCCUCAUCAGUCUCCAAAAUAUUUGCUUCAACAUUGACAUAUCCACAUGAGGUUGUGCGCUCAAGGCUUCAAGAACAAGGCUUCCACUCAGAAAAGCGUUACUCCGGCGUGGUUGAUUGCAUAAAUAAAGUAUUUCAACAAGAGGGUCUCCUUGGAUUUUACCGUGGUUGUGCCACCAACCUUAUUAGAACAACCCCCGCUGCUGUUAUUACAUUCACUAGCUUUGAGAUGAUUCACAGGUUUCUUGUCACCCUUUUCCUUCCUGAUCCACAGCCUCACACAUUGUGAAGAUGGAUCUUAUUUGAGAAUAUUGCAUGGAUAGAUAUGGCUCGCAUUGCCUUGAACUGCAACAUGGAAGAGCAGAUGAGGUCAGUCAGUGUCAUGAUGUCUUUGUGAUAAUCGUUGCUCUAGAUUAUAUUUAUGUAUUCUUCAUUGUCUCAGGUAGCUCUUAGAAAAACUGGAUGCAUUGAUGCCCACAUCCCUGAUUGAAAUUCUGCAACAAGAAGUUGUCAGAUGGGGAGUGAAUAUCAAUUUACACUGACAGUGAUAAUGAUGAAAAAAACGAGAUGCUGUGUGAAAUUUUCAUAUCAGAACAUUUUAUGAAUAAUAAUCAGAAAUCAUUUAACAUCGUCUA